AUGAUCAUGGUUAUUAUUCGAAUGACCAUCACUCUGAAAACCCAGCCAGAAUGUCACUAUCCGGCAAGAGCACUCCCAACUGCCGGUGCUCUGCCCUGGCUGCAGUCAAUCUACUGCAACUUGGAUAGCGCAAGAAAUUGUGCACAGGAAGAGGUAGCAUCUGAAAUUCCAGGAAAGCUCUUCAACCCGCCAGGAAGCGAUCCCGCCGUCAGUUGUGAUGAUUUUUGCACAGCGACAUGUUUACUCCAGCAAAAGUGCAAUAAUACGAUUGAAGCACUAGAAGACGCAAAUCGCUAUUUAUGUCCAAAUCACCCUCCUAUCGACUUUCCUCCGCCAGAAGAUACUCAAGAAAGAAGCCUGAGAGAUACAAAUUCGUCGAACCCAUUUGACUGGACUUGCAAAGAAAUUAUUAAUGGAACAGCAAAUGAUCCUUUUGCCGCAGUCUUCUACGAGUCUUACAGAUAUCUUCUCAAUGGGAAAGUGCUUUACUAUCCCAAAACGGCGCAAACGGAUGCAAUUAUUGCCAACGCAAACGAAACAUUCCUUGCACUUGCUGAGCUCACAGAUGAGCUUGAGCAGCUUUCCCCGAUUCAGAAACCCGUUCAAACUUUUUUGGGAAAACUUCUUGGUUGCUUGGACUUGGACAAAUUCGAAGGAUUCACAAAUGAGACGGAGCUUAUUAUGAAGGAGGGCGAGCUUUCUUGCCAAGCAAAUGCUACGAAUUGCGAGCGAUCACUCUGGGCUACUGUAAUGUUUGCCGAUGAAAACGGCGAAGACUUGAAGCCAACUGUUACUACCGAACAUAUAAUUUACACAAUCAGAAUGUCGAGAGAUGUCGUUCCGAGCACUCGCUCAGUAACGCCGACAUACUGGGCGCCGAAUUCAAAUGAUGGUGCCGGACGGAUGAAAUAUUUUGACUCGGGCUUCAUCUACUUGCAAAAUAUGAUCGAUGAUGGAAUUAUCCGACAAAAAGAACCAAGCGUUCAAACUGAUGGUAUUUACAUGCAAAUGUUUCCUUAUCCUUGCUACACUCCCGAUGCUUUUCUUGAUGCUGUCUCUGGCUCGACCCCGCUUUUGCUUACUCUCAGUUGGGUGUUCACAGUUGCCAUAAUGGUGAAAAAUAUCGUCGUGGAGAAAGAAACGAGGCAGAAAGAACUGAUGAAGAUAAUGGGCUUAUCUGGUGGUGCUCUUUGGGCUUCUUGGUUCAUCGAUAUUUUCCUGUUGAUCUUGAUCUCGUCAGGUUCGUUGGCGUUGCUGAUGAAGUACGGAGGAAUCUACCAGUACUCAAAUGGGUUUAUUGUUUUCCUCUAUGUCUUCAGUUUUGGAUGCUCAAGCAUCGGAAUAAUCUUCCUGCUUUCAACAUUUUUCUCGACUGCGUCUAUUUCAGCCGCAGUAGCUGGGAUUGUAUUCUUCCUUUUGUAUCUCCCGUAUAACAUCUGCUCGAUUUUCCGCUACCAAAUGACAACAGCUCAACAACUCUGGUCCUGCCUCUGCCCGACAAUUGCUCUUGGUUACGGUUCCUGGCAAUUCGGUGACUUUGAAAAGCAAGGAACAGGUGUUACUUUCGACAACUGGAAUAUUGAGCUGCAGACUACUGAUAAUUGGGGAGCAACGGCCAAUGUUAUGAGCUGCAUUUUGUUCAUGUUUGCUGAUGGAGUUAUCUACUUUUUGAUUGCUUGGUACAUUGAUAAUGUCUUUCCCGGGAAGUAUGGUAUUCCAAGGCCUUUCUACUUUUUCCUGCAGCCUAGUUUCUGGACUGGAAAGACAAAAAGAACGACAGAUGAUCACUUUGAAGACUUAUCGAAAGUGAGGCAGGAGGAAGUUUCAGAAAAUUUAUUGGCUGGAGUUGAGAUUCAGGAUUUGGGAAAAACAUAUAAGUCAGGAAUAAUGUGCACAAAGAAGGAAAAGGUAGCGGUGAAUGGAUUGAGUUUAAAUUUUUACGAAAGUCAAAUUACUUCAUUUCUUGGACAUAAUGGUGCGGGAAAGACAACAACGAUGAGUAUGCUUACGGGAUUGUACCCUCCAACAUCUGGAACAGCAAAAAUUAUGAAACACGAUAUUCAUGAUGAAAUGGAUGCGAUAAGAACGAUAAUAGGCUUUUGUCCGCAGCACAAUGUUUUAUGGGAUGAUCUUACCUGUAAAGAACACGUCUAUUUCUUCUCCAAACUGAAAGGAUAUCCCGCAGCGCAAAUCGAUGAUGAAAUCAAAAGUCUCUUGAAGCGAACUGGACUCACUCAAAAAGCUAAUAAUCUGGUUCCGAGUUUGUCUGGUGGUAUGAAGCGGAAACUCUCUGUCGCGCUUGCUUUUUGCGGAGGUUCGAAGGUUGUUUUAUUAGACGAGCCGACUGCUGGCGUCGAUCCUUAUGCCCGACGUGGAAUUUGGGACUUGCUCUUGAGCUACAAGAAAGGCAAGACUGUCAUUCUAUCAACACAUCAUAUGGACGAAGCUGAAAUUCUCGGGGACAGAAUUGCGGUCAUUUCUGAUGGACAACUUCAAUGCGUUGGCUCUUCUUUGUGGAUGAAACGAACUUUUGGAAAAGGAUACCUGAUCACGGUAAACACCCCAGACAGGAAAUCUGUAUCGGAACUGGUGUCAAAUAUAUCGCCGGAUGUAACUGUAGAAAGCACGAAGCCAAAUGAAGUUUCUGUUCGAAUCUCUUACGAAGCAAAAGAGGGCACUUUGGAAGCUAUAAUGAAAGAGCUGGAAGCAUCAGAUAUGGAAGGGAUGAAGAAUUAUGGGGUCCGUGAUACCAACCUCGAUGAGAUUUUCCUUGCGCUGAAUGAAAACGCCGACGAAUCAUCAGAAAAUAAAUACAAAGAUGCGGAGAAGCUUUCAGAAGAUUCAAGUUGCUUUUCAAAUCGAGUCUCUCCAGAUUCAGAGGAAGCCAUUUUAUCUGACGAUCGAGUUACCGGAUUUGCGCUCAAUAUCCAGCAAUUCGGGGCUAUCUUCAAAAAACGAUUUAUCAACACUUCAAGAUCGCUCGUUUCAUUCGUGACAUCUACAUUCCUACCGCCUCUCUUUGUCUGCUUGGCCCUAGCUGUUACUGAAGUCAUCCCUGAAUUCUCAUCAACUCAGCCGCUAAACCUCCAAUUCAUGAUAUUCGAAAACUCUUCUCAAGCCAGAUUCGACAGCGUUUAUACAUUUAUUUCUAAAGAUGACAAUUUCGACCCAGGUCUUUAUGAUGCGAUGACAGCUUCUCCGUCGUAUGGCACCUGGUGCAUGGACACCAAUUAUAGAAAUGAACAGCGCGAAUACACGAUUGCCACGGACGAGGCUCAACUGCAAGAAAGGUACUGUCAAAGUGCAAACUUGGAGAUCAAAUGGGACAACUGGUCGCCUGGCGCACGCGAUUCUAACCUCACAGCUGUCAAAAUUGGAGAUCCGCUUAAUCUUGACUGUGAAUGCACCGAGGGUGAUUUUGUGGAGCCGUUAAUGAACUGUGGAAAGUAUCCAGAUGACUUCGAAAUUAAAGAAUACCAAGGACAGAAAAAGUAUGCAGCAGGAAGCCCGAUUCCGAUAAGAACAGACUACACAGGCGUUCAAGUUCUUGACAUGACAGGAAGGAAUAUCUCAGAUUGGCUAGCAAAAACUGUCGACAAGAAUUCUUUCAAUUUGAGACGAUACAGCGGCUACAGUUUUGGUGCAUCCGCGCAAAAUGAGACUGACAUGUAUAAGAAUCUAUUCGGAAUCGAUGUGAAUCUGGCAAACCGCUUGGCGAAACCCAAUAAUAAUAAGAUCUGGUUCAAUAAUUUCGGUCAACAUGGAUCUGUCUCAUUUUUGAACGUUCUAUCUAAUGCCCUUUAUCGACAGAAAAACGACGGUUCUAAACUUGGAAUUGAAGUUGUCUCCUAUCCAACUGACUUUUCUGUCUCUCAGAUUGAUCAAGCCGCAUUGCGAAAUGCCAGUAAUGAUACCCUUGUAUCCAUCUGCGUUAUCUUUGCAUUUUCCUUCGUUCCAGCGAGCUUCCUCGUUUUCUUGAUUGAUGAGAAGACUUCCGGAACCAAGUACUUGCAGUUCCUGGCUGGAAUCAACCCGACUAUCUACUGGCUUGCCAAUUUCUUGUGGGACAUGAUUACUUACACACUGCCUGUUUUCUUGUCUGUUUUUAUUUUUCUUGCCUUUGGAAACAAAGCAUAUAUUGGUGCGGAUAUGAUUGGCUCAACUUUUUUGAUAUUUAUACUGUUUGGAUUGUCCGUGACGCCAUUGAUGUAUCCGUUCAGUUGGGUCUUUGAAAAAUCAGCGACUGCCUAUGUUUCCAUGACUUGUGUGAACAUUUUCAUCGGAAUCGCAACCACCAUCGCUACUUCUGUUGUUUACGCGCUCGGCGAGUCAGACCCAGACCUCAAAUCUAUUCACUCGAUUCUUGACAGUAUUUUUCUGAUCUUUCCUCAUUAUUGCAUUGGGCGGGGCUUACUCCAGCAAACGCUGGAUCAAGCGUAUGUCGAUGCUUACAUUCAGCUUGGCUAUCCCGUCCCACCUCAAACGCCAGUCCUUGCGUGGAGUAAAAACGGACUUCCUUGUCUUAUCAUGUUUGUCGAGUUUAUCGUCUUUUCCUGCAUCGUGCUAAUGAAAGAGUACAAUAUCCUGCGUAAAAAAGCUCUUCUCUCGAUGUUUGGCACAUUUGCCGUUUCUCUGAUUGUUGGAAUCGGUCUUACUUGCAUGGUUUACUUGAAUGAAGAUUUGAAUGCAGAUGACUGGUUGUAUGGACGAUCUGGCUUCCCUGCCUUUAUCAUGUUGAUCGGAUUUAUUAUUUUCUCGGCUAUUGUUUUGAUAAUUGAAUUCAAGUAUACUCGAAAACAGAGUCCCGUCGAAGUAAAAUCUUCAAACAAACAACUUGAAGAAGAUGUCCAAGCUGAGAAAGACAGAGCUUUCAGCUCUAACAAUCAAGAUAUACUUCGAGCUCAAGGUCUUACAAAAGUCUUCCCCGGUCCAUUCACGGCUGUCGACGAAAUAUCUUUCUCAGUCCCAGCCGGUGAAUGCUUCGGUCUUCUUGGAGUAAACGGCGCUGGAAAGACAACAACAUUCAAAAUGCUCACAACAGAAUACGCCCCAACAAAAGGAGACGCCAUGAUCAAUGAUCUCUCCGUAGUUCGCGACCAAACAGAAGUCAAGAGACGAAUCGGAUACUGUCCUCAGUUCGACGCAUUGAAUGCAACUCUUACGAGCGCAGAACACAUCGAGUUCUAUGGAAAACUUCGCGGCUUGAAAGGGAAACAGCUGUCAGACUCUGUUAACAGAAUUAUUAAGCGAAUGGAUCUUGAACGAUUCAGAGACAUUCCCGCAGGGGAGUACUCUGGCGGAAACAAGCGCAAGCUCUCUACUGCCAUUGCUAUUACUGGAGAUCCAGACAUUAUUCUGCUCGACGAGCCAACAGCUGGAGUUGAUCCAAAAGCAAGACGCUUCUUGUGGGAUGUUGUUUUACAAAUGGUCAGAGACGGGCAAGGAAUUGUAAUGACCUCUCAUUCGAUGGAAGAGUGCGAAGUUCUCUGUGGCAGAUUAGCAAUUAUGGUUUCCGGACAAUUCGAAUGCUUGGGCACUCCGCAGAGGUUGAAGGGUAAAUAUGGAGGAGGAUAUAUUGCAACGAUAAAGGCAAACAAAAAACAACAAGAUAUCGUAAUUGGAAAGCUGCGAGAAAAGCUAGAAGGACUGGAAAUUCUAGAGCAGAGGUCAAACAUGGCGCAGAUGAAACUCGGUGAAGCCAAUUCUCCCUUGAGCAUCUUCCAAAUUCUGAUGGAUGAAAAGAAACAAGAUAAUUUGAAUGAUUUUUCAUUGUCUCAAGCUUCACUUGAUGAUGUAUUCAUCUCUUUCGCGUCGAAAUACGACCCCGAGAAUGAAACUGUUAACGUCGACUUCAACGAGGCAUUUGAACAAGAAGAAACAAGCUCACACAGUUCAAAUGAAUCAUAUUUGUAA